UCUCCCCUUCUGGCUGCAUUCCUUCCUCCAUUAUUUCUCCAUCCCUUUCCCCUCUCCUCUCUCUCCUCUACCCUCUCUCCAAAAGACUGGAUACAGAACAGAAGGAAAAGAAAUAAAGAAUAGGAAGAAGAAAGAUAGGAGAGAACACCUACCAAGCAAGUCUUGGUUUUUCGAGUUCAUGGGCUGUCGAAUUGUUCCCAGGAAUCCCCUCUGGGUCUGAAAAGAUUCAUACCAAGAAAUACUUCUUGAAUUUCCCCUCUCUUGCUUGCUUAAGAAUUACCUAUACAGAAGAACUGCUCCUUUCUUGUUUCCCUUUUGUUUUUCCGUGUUUGUUUGGCUGGAAUUUUCUCGGGUUCUUCCUUGCUCACUUGAGGGGGCGAGGAGAAGAGGAGGCAUGGUGAAGGAAGGUCCUUGCCGUCAUUGCGGAGUCACAAGCACACCACUUUGGCGAAAUGGGCCAGCAGAUAAGCCAGUGCUCUGCAAUGCUUGCGGCUCAAGAUGGAGAACAAAAGGUUCAUUGGAGAAUUACACACCAAUGCAUUCUCGGGACGAUAUUGAUGUUGAGGAACCUAGAGUUAGCAAGCUGAAGCCACCGAUGUCGAGGCUGAAAGAACAGAGGCAACUAAAGAAAAGGCCAAGUCACAUCAUAAAGAAGAAUGAACCAUUUUCUGAUCAAAACUUCCGAAAGAUGGGGGAUGCUGAUCCAAGUCGAUCUAGUUCUGGAUCAGCAGUAUCAUAUUCAGAGAGUUGUGCCCCUUAUGGUUCUGCAGAUGCAAGUGAAAUGACUGGUUCAGCUCAAUCUCAUGCUUGGGAGUCACUGGUACCGUCACGAAAGAGGAGCUGUGUCACUCGCUCUAAGCCUUCACAGGUGGAAAAGCUUGUAAAGGAUCUUAACUCCAUAAUGCAUGAAGAGCAGUUCUAUUGCCUUUCUGGAUCCUCUGAGGAAGACCUACUUUAUCAUAGUGAAACUGCUGUAGGCUCCUUUGAGAUUGGCUAUGGAAGUGUGCUUCUUAGACAUGCAAACUCAAAAUCAGUGGAUGGAGAUUCAGAAGCAAACUCCGUUCCUGCAGAUAAUAAAUCAUACGUUACAAGUGAAUCCUUAUCCUAUUCAGGGACUGCCUCAUUUGUUGUGCAUGGUGAAAGCAAGGGAGCAAGCAACUCAAAUGCUUUGUCUGAGAAGCCAAAAUGGUUUCCUGUCCAGAUACAUGAUAAUGCUAGAAGGGAUAAACUUCAUUAUUCUAAGCCGCAUACAUUGGAGAAUGUAGAUUCAGCGUUAGUUUCAGUAGCUUUAGAGGUAAAAGACAGUAAGGAAAUAGGAGAAAAAGAAAAUAUCAGUGCUGUGAAAUGCCUUGUCAAGCCAGCCAUGAAGCAUCUCAAAAGACCUCAUGAAAGCCAGUUGCAAAGCUGCCAGGAAGUAAAAGAAACCACCAGGAGUCCUAAAAGAGGUUCUGAAUCUGGGGCUAUGGCUCCUCAGUUCAAAGGUUCAUUUUUGCCAAAAUCAGGAGGAGCACUUAACUUGUUUAUGCUACCCCCAGAUAAAUUGUCCAUGCUGGCCCCUCAGUACGUCGAUGAUUCUGAUCAAGACUUGCUGCUGGAGGUUCCUCCCAAUGGACGGCACCCAGAGGCAGAACUUCUUUGCCCACUAUCUCAACUGAGCUCGGUGAGCCGCAGUUCCACCUCAGAAGGCAGGGUUGCUGAUGGCGAUGGGCGCCUAAGGCAACCAUACCGGAACCCCACUUCCCCGCUCCGGUUCAUCUUAUCUCUUCUCACAGCUUCCCUCCGCUCCCACCCGCAAGGUCCGCUGCUACCUGCCGCCAUGCUGCUCCAGCACCUCCCCCCGCCCUUCUCUACAGCCCCGGCCCGCUCCUCUCCGCGGCGGCCGUGCGGCGUCUCGGCGGUAUUUUUCACGGUGCGGUGCUCCUCCUCCUCGGCCCCAUCGCCGCCGCCGCCGCCGCCGUCGUCUUCGGCCGCGGCGGCUGGGCAGCAGGUGGCGAAUGUGCACAGCUACGGGACGGUGGACUUCGAGCGGAGGAAGGCGCUGCGGUGGAGCAGCCUAUACCGGCGCAUAGCGGUGGGCCACGGCCGCCGUCCGGUGGGGCGGACGCUCGCGGACUGGGACGAGGGCGAGCGCCGCCUUGACAAGUGGGAGCUCUGCCGCGUAGCCAGGGAGCUCCGCAAGUUCCGCCGAUUCAACCUCGCGCUCCAGGUUUAUGAUUGGAUGACUGAGCGCAGGGAUAGAUUUUCGCUCUCAUCCAGUGAUAUGGCAAUCCAGUUGGAUCUAGUUGCAAAAGUACGCGGCGUUCCACAUGCUGAAGAAUACUUCGAGAGCCUUCCUGAUCCACUGAAGGAUAAAAGAACAUACGGGUCUCUUCUCAAUGUUUAUGCUCAAGCUAGGAUGAAAGAGAAAACAGAAGACACGUUUGAGCAGAUGAGGAAAAAGGGAUAUGCAUCUGACACAUUACCUUUUAAUGUGUUGAUGAAUUUUUACGUCGAUGUUGAAGAGCCUCAGAAAGUGUCUGCAGUCACUGACGAGAUGAAGGAAAGAAAUGUCUCUUUUGAUGUCUGUACUUACAACAUUUGGAUAAAGAGUUUUGCAGCUAUGAAAGAUGCUGACGGAAUGGAUCGAGUGUUUAACCAGAUGAUUGCUGAUGAGUCUGUUGUUGCCAAUUGGACUACUUAUACCACACUUGCUAGCAUGCAUAUUAAGCUGGGGAACUUUGAGAAGGCAGAAGUAUGCCUGAAAGAAGCUGAAAAGAGAACAACAGGCCGGGAUAAAAAAUGUUUCCAUUUUCUCAUCACCCUCUAUAGCUACCUUCAGAAGAAGGAAGAAGUCUACCGCAUUUGGAAUUGGUACAAAGCAACUUUCUCCACAAUUCAUAACCUGGGUUACCAGGAGGUACUGUCUGCCCUUGUUAGGCUAGGAGAUAUAGAGGGAGCUGAACUUCUAUAUGAAGAAUGGGCGUCCAAAAGUUCUAGUUUUGAUCCUAAGACUAUGAACAUUUUACUAGCAUGGUAUUCUAGAGAAGGUUUUGUUGUCAAGGCUGAGCAAACACUGAACAGAUUUGUUGAGAAAGGUGGAAACCCAAAACCGAACACCUGGGAAAUCCUUGCCUCCGCAUACCUGAAGGAUAAUCAAUUAUCUGAAGCACUGUCAUGUAUGGAGAAAGCCGCAGCAGUUAAAAGUGCAAGUAGAUGGAGACCGAGACCUAGCAAUGUUGAGAGUCUUCUGGCAUAUUUCAAGGAGAACAAUGACACAGAUAGUGCAGACCGGUUAAUGGGUGUCCUUACAAGUAGAGGGUGUGCUGAGAACGAAGAGUACAAGUCAUUGAUUAACACCUAUGCUUUAGCGGGCACGUGAUGAUGAAUGGACAUCAACCAAAUGAUGAGUAAAAAACCCUUAAGAAGUUCAGUUACUUGCUUGUAAUCUAGAAUCCCACGAGAACCCCUGUGAAUGAUCUGUUUACCCUGAGCAAUUAGACACAUUCCGUCAGUUGUUUCCCUAGACAAAUUGGACAACAAGGUACAUAGAUGAUAGAUCUACCUUCUUUCUGAUCACGUAGUUCAGUUAGAAAUUCUGAAAUCAUCAAGAGGAGGCCAUUCACAGGGCUCCUUUGUACUUUCUGUAUGUAUAUUGACAUUACCAUUGAGGAGUUAAUUGUGCCUUCUCCAUGGAAGAGUUCAGUUAUCAGAAACAUCUUUUGGCUUGUUCA